AUGUCACUUACGAAUGAGUCCAUUUGGGCUGCUAGCCCGUCCACCACUCGCGGACAGCCCACCCAGCUUUCCUCCGAUGCCAAAGGCGAGCGAUUGGCUUAUGCAUCCAACAAAUCCAUCUUCUUGCGCUCAAUCGACGACCCCGCAGUCGCCAAACAGUAUACCGAACACAAGGCCCAGACAACUGUCGCGCGGUUCUCCCCCUCUGGCUUCUACGUCGCAAGUGGUGAUGCUGCGGGAAUCGUGAGAGUGUGGGACUGCGUUGGUGACGGAAUCACCAAGGGCGAGUACAGCAUUGUCAACGGCCGGAUCAACGACUUGGCCUGGGACGGCGACUCCCAGCGCAUUAUUGCCGUCGGUGACGGCAAGCAGCGAUAUGGACACUGCAUCACCUGGGACAGUGGAAACACCGUUGGUGAGAUCACCGGCCACACGCAGCAGCUCAACACCGUGUCCAUCAGGCAGCAACGACCUCUGCGUGCUGCUACCGCAGGUGACGACCGGAAGACGGUGUUCUACCACGGCGCACCUUUCAAGUUCAACAACGGAAUUGCGGACAAGCAUUCCAAUUACAUUUACGGAGUUGGCUUUAGCCCAGACGGAUCACACCUGGUUAGCGUGGGUGCAGACCGCAAGAUUUGGCUCUACGAUGGCAAGUCGGGAGAGACCAAGGGCCAGAUUGGCGAAGGGGAGCACAAUGGCAGCAUCUUCGGAGUGUCUUGGGCCAAGGACUCCCGGAAGUUUGUUACUGCAAGUGCUGACCGGACUGUCAAGAUCUGGGACGUGGAGGCUGGUAAAGCCACGCAGACCUGGACUUUGGGAGAGGAAGGCGCCAUGGCUGUUCGCGACCAUCAAGUUGGCGUGGUCUGGCCCCACGGUAGAAGUGAUGAUCUUCUCAUCAGUUUGUCCUUGAGUGGAGACCUGAACUAUCUGGUAGAGGGCACCCCCAAACCCCGACAAGUCAUCUCGGGCCACCAGAAGAGCAUCACCUCGCUGAACCAGACCACCGUUGACAACAAGGAAACUCUUUGGACUGGAAGCUUUGACGGACGGGUCUGCAACUGGGACGUGGCCACGGGCACCGCUGAAGAGAUUGAAGGAGACGCCCACCCCGGCUACGUCGCUGGGCUUGCGGCGACACCAGAGGGAUCGGGCAGAAUUUACAGUGUCGGCUGGGACGACACCCUCCGCUCCAUUGAUGCCUCCGCCAAGACCUACACCGGCAGCGCCGCGAAGCUCAACGGACAACCCAAGGGUGUUGCGGCCGGCGACACCACGGUGUUGAUCGGCGAGUCUGAAAGCGUCGAGAUCUUCCAGGAUGGUCAGAAGACUGGAGAGUUCAAGACUGACUUUGCAGCCACCACCGUGGCUGCCCACGGUACUAUGGCAGCCGUUGGAGGCGAGAACGGAUCCGUUCAGAUCUGCGCCAUCUCUAGCUCUCGACUGUCUCCGCGGGCGGACAUCAAUGCCUCUCGCAACCCCAUUUCUUCUCUUGCAUUCUCCCCCGACGCGUCUCAUCUGGCUGUCGGUGACUUGCGAGGACGUGUCCUUGUGUUCAAGGUCUCGGAUGGCAGCUUGGUGACAGACCGCUGGACGGCACACACGGCGCGCAUCACAUCUCUUUCUUGGAAUGCAGCCGGAUCUCACGUUGUGAGUGGAUCGCUCGAUACAAACAUCUUUGUUUGGAGCUUAGCAAAGCCAGGAGACUGGAUUGAGCUGCAAAAUGCCCACAAGGAGGGAGUCCAUGGUGUCGGAUGGGUUGCAGGAAGCUCCAAGAUCAUCUCAGCUGGAGCCGAUGCAGCGGUGAAGGUCUGGAAGGUCGAAGGGCUGCAAUAG